AUCUCCAAAUAUCUGGUCAACAACCCAGGGGUUCCAGAGCCAGUGGCCACAACCAGGAAGCUUGUGACCGGCCUCACCAUCAAGCUUAAGGAGAGGACGGUGGACAUCAGCCGCACUGGUGAUGUUCUGGCUAGCACUGAAGUCGCCAACUUCACAAACUGGUCAACCGACACAUCACCACAAUCAGUUGCAGCCUAUGGGAAUGAGUCUAUUUCCAAGCUAUGUGACCACUUCCAGAAUGUGUUGGGUGAUACUUCCCCUGAGACUGUCCUCCAGGAGUGGAGACUUCUGAAGACUGCUUUGUUGAAAAGGCACAAGGACAUGUCAGAGGUCACCUUGGAGAAGGCAAACAGACUACACGGAGAGGACUGUCCCAACAUACUCAAAGUGCUGGACCUCGUUUAUACCCUCCCUGCAACCAGCGCUGAGAACGAGCGAGGUUUCAGUACGAUGAAACUGAUGAAAACAAAUCGCAAGACAAGAAUGGCUGGGAGCACUCUUGACAAAAUCAUGACGAUUAAGAUGUGCACACCGUCUGUCUGUGACUUUGACCCAGACAAAGCAAUAGACAAUUGGCUGGGUGGUGGACAAGCACCAAGAAGACCAGGUCACAUGGAGAGGGAGAAAAAGAGGCAUAGGCUAGCUGUCCAUGCUCAACCUAGUGCUACUGUGACCAGUGAGGCAGAACAGGCAGAGAGGCAGGAAGCUGCAGCAGAAGUGCAGCAGCAGGAGCAGGUAGCUGGUGCUGGUCAGGAGGUUGAGGAGGAGGAAAAGGUUGAGGAGGAAGUUCAGUGGCAAGGAGAGGAUGUGAAAGAGGGUGAUGAUGAUGAAGGGUUUGAAGAGGACUUUGAUCCAGAGAUGAGUGAAGAAGAUGUUCUUGCCGGACUAAAGAGACUUGCUCAAUUUGGUGAUGAUGAUGACAGUCAAUUGAUAUAGUUUGUGAUCAAAUGAUUGUGAUGUUUUUUUUUUUGUCAAAGUCAUAUUUGUUCUUGCUGGUCAGAGAGACUAUUUCAUGAUAAUAUGUGGGGGGCGGCAUGGCUCAGUGGGUAGAGUGGCUGUCUUGCAACCGGAGGGUUGCCGGUUCAAUCCUCGGCCCGUCGUGUUUAUGUCGAGGUGUCCCUGAGCAAGACACCUAACCCCUAAUUGCUCCUGAUGGGGUCGUGGUUCGCGCCUUGCAUGGCAGCUUCCGCCAUCAGUGUGUGAAUGUGACAUGUCAUGUAAAGCGCUUUGGGUACCUUGCAGGUAUAGUAAAGCGCUAUAUAAAUACAGACCAUUUACCAUUUAAUAUGAAGAUAUUAGUAUUGGAUAUGAAGAUAUAUAGACUUGGUAUAUGAUGAUGAUACUUUCAUAAUCCAUAUCAUGGUGAUGUUUUUUUUGUCUAAGUCAUAUUUGUUCUUGUUGGUCAGAGAGACUAUUUAAUGAUAAUAUGAAGAUAUUAGUACUGGAUAUGAAGAUAUAUAGACUUGGUAUGAUGAUGAUGAUAUUAUAAUAUCUCAUAUUUGCUUAUCAGAGAUGAGUUUAUUUCAAUGUUAGAUAGAUGAUACUAGUAAUAAUGUACAUAGUUGUUAUGUUAAAAAUUAUCUCAGGAUGAUGAUCUCAGGAUGAUGAUCUCAGUGCUACUGGAGGACUUGAUGCUACAUUUAAAUUUUCAAUGUUAUUUCUGUAGAGUUGCCAUAUUAAAAGUGAUCAUAAUGAUCUCAGGAUGAUGAUUUAAGUCUUACUGGAGUGUAGUAUUAAAGUUACACAA